CGAAGACUUGUUAUGCCUGUCCCAGGUUUUGCCAAGAGAUGGCGCAACACUCGCAUGGUUACUUGGCAACCAGCUGAGUUUGUUUUCACAACUUGUCACAUUUCACAACCUCAAAUGUUCUGCCAAAGUGUCUAACAUCGGUUGAUCCAGCGAGACGAAGAAAUGGAAAGCAAAGAUGCGGAUAAUGCACGGGCGUCUUCGCAAUCGGAACAUAAGUCCGAGGGUGAGGCUGAGGAUGGAGAGUAUGAAGACGAGAGAAAAUCCGACGCAAAUCUUGUUGGGCUAGAGGGUUCGGAGCAGGCACAGACCGCUGCACAGCCAACUUAUCAAAUUCGACCACCACUUUCUGAGAAAUUCAAACCUAUGAGUGCAAAGGAAGUCAUUCACAACGUACUUUCCGAUCAACUCUCUACGAGAGUGUAUGAUCCAAAAGAGGCGCGCAAAUGGUGUAAAGAAAUUGCUGAUACCAUUAGAGACAAAGUUAAAGAUUUGAAAUUUAAGCGAUAUAAGUAUAUAGUCAAUGUCGUGAUGGGAGAGCAUCGUGGUGCUGGCGUUAAAAUGGGCACCAGGUGCAUAUGGGAUGCCGAAGCUGAUAGCUAUGCUCACGAUAAUUUUUUGAAUGAGUCUAUAUUCUGUGUCGCAGCAGUUUACGCUGUGUAUUAUUACUGAAGCUUUUGCAAGUGGUUCUUACUUGAAGUUACGAAUAUGGAUAGAAUGUGAUUGUGGAUGAUCUAUAAUUCUUAGGCCCUGAGCAUAUACCUAGAGGUACGUCAGUAAUAAGUUCUACAACUAUGGACGCUGCAUGAUCUUAACGGUUUUAUAUCAAGAUACCUACUUAUUGUAGGACUUUUCUAUUCUUGUUUAUUUUAAAUCAUACAUCUGUAUGAAACAGCCACAAAGUACAAAUUGCGCAUAUUUUUACGUUAUAAAUGACAUUAUUUAUCUAGAACGGUUCUAUCGGUCAUUAUUUUUCUCAUCAUUAAUUAGCUUCCUCACAUAUCACACAUAAUGAAAAUGAGCGUUUUAGUUUGCAAGACUUGAUUAGUGACAAGUGUCACAAAUUAAAAAAAGGGUAAAAAGCUAAAACGUCGGGUAUGAUCAGAACCGUAGACGUGCGUCGAUUUUAAAUUAUUAUUAAACAUGUAUUAAAUAUGUCUCGGGAAAAUUAUGCCAGCUUAGAAUGAUUUGAUUCAGAUUUUAGAAUAAGAAGAACUGAGACUUUCUCUUUUGUUUUUUCUCACCUCUGCGACACUUAUUUUACUUGGACUGUACCUGGAGGAAAAAUCCUAUC